AUGGAAUAUUUAACUACGGGGUUACACGUUAUCCAACUUGGAACACUUUUAAUGCAAUUAAUUGACACUGAAAAGGAAGGUGAUGGAGAAAGAUCAUUAAGAAAUUGUUAAUGCUGUAUUUUAGGUCGCGAUCGCGUUCUAUGAAGUAUGCUGACGAAAUUAUGAGAUUCAUUUCAUUUACAAAAGCUCUGUACUCAGAGAAAGUUGCAAUCAGAGUUAUCAAUGGUCAAUUUAAAGUAAGAGCACAUUGUCCAAUGCAACAAACGUAUAUUGAAAGGACUUUGUGGCAACAAAACACUUAAAGCUAUACAAACAGGAUCUUUGGCAGCUUUUGGAUUGCAGGUAACUGUGGAUGAUUUCAACGCAGUUAGUGGCAUUCAAAAAGAAUCAACAGCACAUACUCAUGCCAGCAGACAAGAUGACGAGAAAGAAAUGAUAAAGACAUUACAACCUUUUUGCCACAAAGAAAGAAGGUGUAACAGUGGAUUUCAAAAGAUUACAAAAAGCCCACUUGAUAAGCUUAAUAUCGUGGCAUUAACUGAAUGGUUAAAUUACCACAAAAAAAUAUUAUCAAUGAACAGACAUUCUGAACUGGUGAUAAAUGGUGAGGAGCAAGAAAUUUCCAAAGACGAAACCACAGAUGUCUCUGCCGUUGGGAGUGAGGACCUGUGA